AUGCCCCCCAUAAUCGGGGAAACGCUGCGCGUAUGGUUUUUUUCGGCGCUGGUCGUGCACGGAGCUGUUGCUGGAAAUCCGGACGCGAAACGCCUUUACGACGACUUGCUGUCCAAUUACAACAAACUCGUGCGCCCCGUGGUAAACACCUCAGACGUGCUGCGCGUAUGCAUCAAGCUUAAGCUCUCGCAACUUAUAGAUGUGAACUUGAAGAAUCAGAUUAUGACAACAAACCUGUGGGUCGAACAGUCAUGGUACGACUACAAACUGCGAUGGGAGCCUAAAGAGUACGGUGGAGUUCAAAUGUUGCACGUGCCGUCCGAUCACAUAUGGCGGCCUGAUAUAGUGCUCUACAACAACGCCGACGGGAACUACGAGGUGACGCUGAUGACCAAGGCCACGGUCUACUAUUCGGGAUUGGUCGUGUGGCAACCGCCGGCCGUAUAUAAAUCCUCCUGCUCCAUCGACGUUGAGUUCUUUCCGUACGACGUACAGACCUGUGUUUUGAAGUUAGGCUCCUGGACCUAUGACGGCUUUAAGGUCGAUCUAAGACACAUGGACGAAAAAUCGGGGAGCAACGUGGUGGACGUGGGAGUUGACCUGUCCGAAUUCUAUAUGUCGGUAGAAUGGGAUAUUUUAGAAGUUCCUGCAGUUCGGAACGAGAAGUUUUACACUUGCUGUGACGAGCCCUACUUGGACAUCACGUUCAACAUCACGAUGAGGAGGAAAACCCUCUUUUACACAGUGAACAUUAUCAUCCCCUGUAUGGGGAUAUCGUUUCUCACGGUUCUCACGUUUUACCUGCCUAGCGACAGCGGUGAAAAGGUAACGCUUUCCAUCUCAAUUCUCAUCAGUCUGCACGUGUUCUUUCUACUGGUCGUCGAGAUCAUCCCACCGACUUCGUUGGUUGUGCCAUUGCUUGGAAAGUACCUGAUAUUUGCCAUGAUACUCGUCUCGAUAAGUAUAGGCGUUACUGUGGUUGUUCUCAAUGUUCACUUCCGUUCACCACAAACACACAAAAUGGCCCCUUGGGUGAAAAGAGUUUUCAUACACAUUCUUCCACGACUAUUAGUCAUGAGGAGGCCUCAAUAUAAAUUUGACACUAGCAGGUACACUUCCGGCAGAGUGCUAAUGAGGACCGUCAGAGGAAGGGAGAAGACUUGCUAUUAUCCUUACCACACGCCGACUCAGGAAGACAGUGAAGAACAUCUUACACCCAAGAGAUUCCACAGCCGUCCUCCAUCAAAGGAAGAUCUCUCGCCUUCCAGCCUUACAGACGGUGAGAGAUUUGGAGGCAGUUGCUUGAUUCAUGGCCCCACGAUACCACCGUUACCGUUGCACACCGAGUGCGAAGAUCUCUCGGUCUCCGGAGAAGCAGGCAUAGAGGAAGUCAAAAGUCCUGCGCUGCAAAGCCCACCUGCCUUCUCACACUCCCGUUGUCCACCGGAGUUACACAAGUCCUGCAUCUGCGUGCGUUUCAUUGCGGAGCAUACUAAAAUGCUCGAUGAUUCGACUAAGGUAAAGGAGGAAUGGAAGUAUGUGGCGAUGGUGCUGGAUCGCCUGUUCCUCGUGAUCUUCACUCUGGCGGUUUUGGUGGGUACUGCAGGUAUCAUUCUACAAGCACCGACUCUUUAUGACGAUCGAGUGCCCAUCGACAAGAAAUUUAGCGAAUUCGCUACCACAACGGUGGUAAAAUGUCCGCCCCAGUAG